AUAGAAUAUUAUUAAAACAGUCAAUAUUGACUAAUCAGUAAUAAAUUAGAAAUUUUAUUUGAACAAGUGUUGAGUUUUUUGAACUGAGGGAAAUGAAAGCAGCCGGAGCGAAAAACGUCGAAGUGAUUUUAAUUCUGAUGAUAAUACUUGUAAUGAGUACCUGUCAUCCUCUCAACAACCGAAGCGUGCAACAGUCACCUUCAGAUGAAAGCUGGAUCAACAACGAUGCAGGGAAAUUCGAAAAAUCAAUUUUGACCGUUCUUCAGAAGGAAAAUGAUCGAUUUAAGCGGGAAAUCCUGUUCCGCCCUAUUGCUGUCUAUCGGGAGCAAAUGGAAUGCAAACGUCGCCGUGAGGAGCAAAAAUUACUGUUACAAAUUACAACCACGUUAGCACCCUAACAUUUAAAUAUUUAGCAUAGUUUUUAAAGUAACUUGUAGGAGAACAUAGUCUCUAUCGAUCUGUUGUUCACUAGAUCAAUGCAGCGUAUCAGAGCAAUUCGUGAACUGUCCGCUCUAGUGCCAAUAUCCGUAGCCGAUUGGGUUUCAACUUGAUACAGCUAUUCAGUUGGUCAGACCAAGUUGGUAGUUCGAACGAGCGCACAGUCUACAUGACAUACAUGACCAUUCGUUAGGAACGAAAUGAUCAACUUGAGUGUAACUGAAGAAAAGGAUAUUUGAAUAGACGAAUGAACCCCUAGGAAGUCAAUUAAAGUUAUUUCACACGAUUUUUAUAACAAUACUGCCGUGGUAAUCCUACUAAAAUAUUGCUCCGGAAACCAAAUUUAGUAUAUUUAAGAUUGCUUAACU